CCCGUCUUUCCUUUCCUUCGGUUUGGUAUUCGGAUCAGGACGUGGGAAAUCUCUCUUUAAGUUAUCGCUUCCUUUUUUUCUUCAUUAUUGUUCUCACUUCGAUCAAUGGUGAUGGAAGAUAACGAGAGCUGUGGAAGCAGAGUGGUGGAAUCCUCAUCUUCCCCUGCCAACGCACGCCAUCAUCGAAUGAAGCUUGAGGCUUACAAUGAGGUUUUGCGCCGCCUUAAGGAUUCAGAUAUUCACGAGGCUCAACAACCUGGGUUUGACAAUGAACUUUGGAUUCACUUUAACCGUCUUCCUGCAAGAUAUGCACUUGAUGUGAAUGUGGAAAGGGCGGAAGAUGUUCUCAGACAUAAAAGACUAUUGCAGCUGGCUCUUGAUCCUGCUAAUAGACCGGCAUUUGAUAUUCGUUUAGUGCAGGUUCCUCCAAUCACUGAUGCAAGUACAGCAGAUUCUUUUUCUACAAACUCUCUAAAAAAAGAAAGCACACAGACUACGAGUAUUCAUCCACCACCUUCUUUUGGUUCAUCACAUAAUCUUGAAGCACUUGCUGAGGAAGCAAGUGAUUCUCUAGAUCAAGAUGAGGAUAGUGCUGUUUCUGGUGCUCAAUCUCUCCGGCCGAUGCAUGAAAUUACGUUUUCCUCAGAUGAUAAACCUAAACUCCUAAGUCAGCUGACUGCAUUGCUAGCUGAGAUUGGUUUGAACAUUCAGGAAGCACAUGCCUUUUCUACAGCAGAUGGCUACUCAUUGGAUGUUUUUGUUGUUGAUGGUUGGCCCUGUGAGGAAACUAACCAACUACGAACGGCAUUAGAAAAAGAACUGGUAAACAUUGAGAACCAAUCAUGGAGCACUCAUUCCUUUUCUUCUGUGAGUCGAACUGAGCAAACUAGUAUUGAUCAUGGGCUUAAUCAUCUGACAAUUCCUAAUGACGAAAAAGAUGUCUGGGAGAUUGAUCCUCAAUUACUGAAAUUUGAGAACAAAGUUGCCUCUGGCUCAUAUGGUGAUCUAUACAAAGGUACAUACUGUAGCCAAGAAGUAGCUAUCAAAAUACUGAAGGAAGAUCGUGUAAAUACAGACAUGCUGAAGGAGUUUGCCCAAGAAGUAUUUAUUAUGAGGAAAGUUCGGCACAAGAAUGUUGUACAAUUCAUUGGAGCAUGUACUAAGCCGCCAAGCUUAUGCAUUAUAACAGAGUUCAUGUCAGGUGGAAGUGUGUACGACUAUCUACAUAAACAAAAGGGUUCUUUCAAAUUGCCAUCUCUACUCAGAGUAGCAAUUGAUAUAUCGAAGGGUAUGAGCUACCUUCAUCAAAACAAUAUAAUUCACAGAGAUCUGAAGGCCGCCAACCUUUUGAUGGAUGAACACGAGGUUGUUAAGGUGGCUGAUUUUGGGGUUGCUAGAGUUAAAGCUCAGUCUGGAGUUAUGACUGCAGAAACUGGGACAUACAGAUGGAUGGCCCCUGAGGUUAUCGAACACAAGCCCUACGAUCACAAAGCUGAUGUAUUUAGCUUUGGGAUAGUAUUAUGGGAGUUGCUAACAGGAAAGCUUCCAUAUGAUUACUUGACACCAUUACAAGCUGCGGUUGGUGUUGUUCAGAAGGGGUUGAGACCUAUCAUUCCAAAGAAUACUCACCCAAAAAUAACGGAGCUGCUUGAGAGAUGCUGGCAACAAGACCCGACCCUGAGGCCUGACUUCAGUGAAAUCAUCGAUAUCCUGCAGCAAAUAGCAAAAGAGGUUGUAGAUGAUGGAGCUGAGAGUGGACGAAAGGAGAAACCUUCUGGUGGAUUUUUCUCAGUUCUGAGAAGGGGACAUCAUCACUAAAGGAAAACUGUCAUUGGGCAUUGUCAAUACAAGGAGUGUGUGUGAGUGAGUGAGUAAGAAAGAAAGAGAUAUAUAGAGACAACAACAGCUAAUUUUGGGCCAUUUUCCCACCCGGAUUUUGCGUUCUUGAUGAUGAUGAUGCAGUGUACAGUAAGUAGUUCGAUACGUGAUCUGGUAUAAAGAAAAAUGAAGAGAAACAUAUAUUUAAGGAUAAUGGUCCGGUUUUUCAAAUGAUUUUUGCUCUAGCUGCUGUUUGUUUGUUUGAAGUUAUCAUCAUUCCUGAGAAUUGUAACAGCGCCCUUGUGUAUGUGUGUGUUUUCUUCUUUAUUUCUUUUAUAUUUAACUGCCCCAGGAAAUAAAUAACUAUCUCUUUGACUA